AUGACUGGUGUUAUGAACUCGGUGGAAGUUGGUGAUUGGAUAGACAUUGAGCUAAUUUCUACCGACGUGAGUGUUGACUCUACUACUGACGACUGUGUUGAUACUUGUUCAUCUUGUUCCGUGGAUAGUCUCUCUGACGGUGAGCUAGUUGUGAGGGAGGGUGAAUAUAUGGAUGAGGAGCGUAUACUGACUAGGCUUUAG